GGCUUGUGGCCCUGGCCCCGACAUGCAGGCACUGUCCUGGCCGCUCGCCGUCAUCCUCCUGCCGCAGAUUCUCAGGCUGCCGGAGCCGGCCCAAGGCGAGGGUGACGUCUUCCCUGUCGACAUCGUCUGCCACGACCUGGAGAAGGUGGAGGUCACGUGGGGCCCCGCCCACCGCGGCCACGCCUACGUGGAUGGGUGGAACCUGAGCCUGGAGUUCCGGUACGGAGACCACGCCCCCCAGCCCUGCCCACACUAUCUUCCACUCGACCGUGAUGUCACUUCCGGCUGCCUCCUCCCGAUGGGGGCGGGGCCUCUGAAUAUCACGCUGCGUGUCAGAGGCGGGGCCAAGGUCUUCUCCCGGAGGCGGCGCCCGUCGGCCUGGCUGAAGCCCCGCCCCCCGUGGAACGUGAGGCUCGCGUGGACCGAGGCCGACGCCCUCUCCGUGUCCUGCCCCGCCCACCGCUACCCCGGCCUGGACUAUGACGUGCAGCACCGCGACAUCUUCGACCCCGAGUGGCAGACGACCUCCGCCCCACGCUGCAACCUGACGGUGGUCGGGCUGGACCCCGAGCGCUGCUACGACCUCAGGCUGCGGGCGCGGCCGCAGGAUUUCUACUACGGCCCCGAGGCGCGGGCGAGCGAGUGGACGCCCGUGAUGCACUGGUGGGGGGCGGGGCCCGCGGCUUCCUGCGCCCCGCGCCCGGCCCCGCCCACGCCCUCCUCCCUCCCCCUCGCCUGCGGCCUCGCGACCCUGCUGACCCUGGCGCUGCUCCUGGCGCUGCUGCGGCUGCGCAGGGUGAAGGAGGCGCUGCUGCCCUGCGUGCCCGACCCCCGCGGCUCCUUCCCAGGCCUCUUCGAGAAACACGGCGGGAACUUCCAGGCCUGGAUCGCCGCUGCCCAGGCCUCCGCCCCCAUCAACGCGAAGCCUGAAGACAACGAGGACGUCAUCUGGCCCCAGGGGAAGUGGGCGGAGCCUGAGCUCAGCCCCGCCCCGCCAUCCCCGGGCCUGCUGGGUGGAGCCCUGGUGCCGGUGGGCGGGGCCACGUUCGUGGUGGAUGACGUAGGCUACGUGACCCUAUGACCCCCAGAGGUUGCAGAGAGGCUGGCACUGGGGACCAAGCCCAUCGCUUGUCAAUCAUCCACCGCGGCCGCGUGAAGCGCGAGGAGGCCCCGCCCCAGACUCGGUGCAUGCUGGGACGCCCGUGGGGUCGCGGGGUCACUUCCUAUUAAAGGCAGAAACAGGC